AGGGUUACUCUCUUAGCAAGAGACUGCCACCAUUUAAAAGGAGAGAGAGAGAGAGAGAGAAAAAAAAAAAAAAGAAAGAAAAGAAAAGAAAAGAACGAAAAAAAAACUUAAGACUGCUGCCGCCAUUACAAAAAUUUUUCUCGAAUCGUCUCCCUCCAAUCUCCGUCCUUCCACCUUCGUUUCCAUCUCUCUCCGUCGCUCUCCGACAGUCAGUAUCCGAUUUUAUACUCCUUUUUCGUUACCUUUGUUUUCAGUCCUAUUCGUCAAUGGCGCCGAACAAGAGGAGUAGGGACAGACUGCGAAACCCCCAGCCUUUUAUCACUACAGAUGAAGAUACGGUGCCCAAUAAGCAACAUUCCAAAGCAAGAAAGCGCCGUCAUCAGGAGGAAGAGACGCUUUUGUCAUCAGGGAUGAGCUCCAAGAUAUUUAGAGAAGCUCGUAUUCAGCAGAAAGAGGAUGAACUUGAGGCUAGAAACCAACAGCAUCCCAACCCUUUCUUUGAUCUUCCGGAUGAAGAACUCCCCAAGGACGAAGAGGAUAUUGAUGAUUUUAGUGGAUUCUCCGAAACUCAAACUGAAAUUGGUACUUAUAAGGAGGAGGAUAUUGCUGAGGAAGAUGAGCGACUAGUGGAAGCUUUUCUGUCAAAGGAUGGUGGUCCACAACAUACUCUUGCUGACCUUAUUGUUAGGAAAAUCAAAGAAAAUGACGCUAUAGUUUCUUCAGAUGCACAACCUUUGCCAAAAUUAGACACCUCUGUCAUAGACUUAUACAAAGGAGUGGGAAAAUCUCUCAACAAGUAUACGGCUGGAAAAGUCCCCAAAGCUUUCAAGCGCAUUCCUUCCAUGCCACUCUGGGAGGAAGUUUUAUAUUUAACCGAGCCUGAAAAUUGGUCACCAAAUGCUAUGUUUCAAGCCACAAGAAUUUUUGCAUCCAAUUUGGGAGUGAAAAAGGUGGAGAAAUUCUAUAAGCUAGUUUUGCUUCCAACAGUAAGGAAAGACAUUCAGAAGAAUAAGCGGUUACACUUUGCCUUGUAUCAAGCAUUGAAAAAGUCCCUAUAUAAGCCCACUGCCUUCUUCAAAGGAAUUUUGCUUCCUCUCUGCGAGUCUGGCACUUGCAGUCUGAGGGAGGCUGUGAUCAUUGGGAGCAUUAUUGAAAAGGUUACGAUUCCUGUGCUUCAUUCAAGUGUUGCAUUAUUCAAGCUUGCAGAAAUGGGAUAUUGUGGCACAACAAGUUAUUUUAUUAAGCUUAUCUUGGAGAAGAAAUAUGCACUGCCUUACCGUGUAGUGGAUGCAGUGGUUGCACAUUUUAUGAGGUUCCUUGAAGAAACACGAGUAAUGCCUGUAAUAUGGCAUCAGUCACUACUUGCGUUUGUGCAGAGAUAUAAAAAUGAACUACGGAAGGAAGAUAAAGCAAACAUUAGAAUUCUUCUUGAAAGUCACAGACACAAAGAUGUUACUCCAGAAAUUUUGAGGGAACUAAAUAAUAGCCGCAGUCGAGGAGAGAAGGAUACUACAACAACUCCAGCUCCUCUAACUAAACCUGUUGAAGAAGACAGGUUCAAUAUUCCUUACGUUCCAAUGGAAGAGGAUUAUUAGGAUUUAUUGCUGUGGGCAUCGGCCUCGUUGGUGCUCGAGUUUUUGUAGUUGGGAGAAUUGAGAUAAUAUUGAUAUGUAAAGGUUAGUUAUAUUUGCACAUUGAAAUCAUAGUUUGUAAAAUUUGCUCGAUGGAUUUUAUUUUUCACCUUCGGGUGCUGUGGUGCUCAAUGAGUCAAUUUUGAUGUAGCAUUCUUAUCAUUUAAGUGAUUUCUUUUGAAAAUUUGUAGUUGCCCAUGAGUAUUUUUAUAGUUGAAUGGAAGGCUCUUUUCUUUUAA